AAGGUGAGAACAGCAGCAACAGAGAGUGUAGUGUUGUUGAGGUUUUUUGUAGCAGAAUUCAGUGCGGUGUGUUGUAGCAGCGAUUAGAAGGAAGGAGGAAAGAUGAACACAGACAUCACUGCAUCGACGAAGCCAGAGUACCCAGUCAUUGAUCGCAACCCUCCUUUCACCAAAGUCGUCGGCAACUUCAACACCCUCGACUAUCUCCGAUUCGUCACAAUCACCGGCGUUUCCGUCACCGUCGGCUACCUCUCCGGGAUUAAGCCUGGAAUUAGGGGUCCUUCGAUGGUGACAGGGGGUUUGAUCGGUGUGAUGGGUGGGUUCAUGUAUGCUUACCAGAACUCCGCUGGGAGACUCAUGGGUUUCUUCCCCAACGAUGAUGAGGUAGCUCGCUACAACAAAAAAUAAUUCCUUUUUUUGUGCUCAUCAAAAAACAAAAACAAAAAAAAAACCCUCUUUUGUGCCAGUGUUUGAACUUCAAUAAUCACAUUUCAUUUCAGUUAUUUGUUAAGCUUUUAUUUGUAACGACUUUACUUCAUUCGCCUUUUAGAGGAAUGAUAAACCAUGCUUAUUUUGGAUUUCUAUUAUUUAUCUUGUGUUAUGUGGAGGCAAGGCCAAUGUAAUGUCAUAUUUGAGACUCUGUGGGUCAAUUUGGUAUGGAAGUUUGUGGAUUCCGGUGUAGGGCUACAAUGUAGUGGUUAAUUGAAUUUUUCGUUCUCUUUGAA